UGAUCGUUAACUGCGGCAUCAUGUACACUUACUUGGUUUAUCUUCCCUCCAAGCUCGCACAACGUUCCGCGUUUGAGAUCAACUUACGAAAAUGACCACGUCAGCCGACAGGGUACAUGUGUAGAGCACAUUGCAUCGGAGUCAUGUUCCCGACCGUGACAAAUAUUCGGAUGGGAACGAAUCGAAAGCUUUUACAGGAACCACCAUGGCCCCAUUGCUCACCGUCACCUUCGUGAGACACGGAGAGUCGACCGAUAACUUGCGAAGUGUAUGGGCUGGGUGGAAAGAUUCACCUCUCUCUAACCAUGGUAUGAAUCAAGCCAAGGCCGCCGGUACUUCGCUCUCAAGUAUCCGUUUCGCCGCAAUCUAUGCUUCACCUUUGAAGCGAGCCUACUCAACCGCAGAAGCUAUUCUCGAAGCACAACCAGAGCCCAGACCACCUUUAACGCAUUCACUGCUACUCCGAGAGCAACAUUUCGGUAUAGCAGAAGGUCAUCCUUGGCUCGUAGCUCUAAAGCCAGGGGUUACCCUCGAAGAACAUUACACUCAAGGAGUCUUCCCCGUGUUACAUCAUCGUUCAGAUAAGUUCCCCGAGGGCGAGAGCAUAGAUGACCUUGCGAUUCGAGCCGACCAAGCAGUUCAUGAGCUUAUAUUGCCUCGCGUUUGGGCGACAGCGAGAGAAGGUAUGAGGGGAGCUCAUAUAGUUGUCGUUAGUCAUGGGCUGUGUAUCAGCGAGUUAGUGCCAGCAUUGCUGAGGAAGAAUGCUGGUCAAAUUGCGAAGGACGAGUACCGAGGACUGAUGAAUACUGCUUGGACGAGAGUGGCGGUUGAUCUUGCGGAUUGGACAGGAAACGAACCUCUAGAAUUUUCAGAUGAUAAUCCUCCCCCUUUGAUGAUCAAGGUGACUGACUUCAAUCGUCACGAACAUCUGGAUAAGGUGAAACGACAGAAGGGUGGUAUUGGUCGUGCAGCAUAUGACCCCAAACAACAAGAUAUCCGAGCAUUCUUCGGCGGAGCUGCAGUGAAGCCGAUCGAGGAGGGACGUAGCGAGAGCAAUGUCCAAGAUGAAGCUGAUGUAGAUAUCCAAUAGAUGCAUUCGGUAGAUACCCGACGUAUGCAUGUGUGUACAGUGUUACAGGCGAAAUCUUGUAAAGCAUCAAUACCAGGUUGUAGAAUAUGUGGACGUUACAUACAGCAUGUCUCCUCCGAAUUAUGGUGAGCCGUAAGGCAGAAGC